GGCCGGGGCCGGGCCCGGGGCCGACCCCUCCCCGACGCCCCCGGCCCGCGGCUGCUGGACCCUGCGCGCCCCCCUCGGCCCGCCGCGCCGCUCACCGUCCCCGCCGGACGCGCCCUCGAGCUGCGCUGCAAAGGCGGGAAGAUGGGCUGGACCCUCCCCGCCGCCCUGCACGCCGCCCGGGACCCCAGGCUCAGCAUCCAGCAGCACGAACGCUACAGUCAGCUGGUCCUGGCCAACGCCAGCGCGGCCGACACCGGGCAGUACGGCUGCUGGCCGCAGCUCUGCCCGGGCCCCGGCUGUGGGAAGGACGAGGCCAAGACCAUCUCCACCUAUGUCUUCGUUCCCGAGGAGGGUGAGCUGUUCGUGCCUUCCCCCAACUACUUCGACGUGGUGUACCUGGUGGCAGACCAGCCGGCCGUGGUCCCCUGCAGAGUGACGGUGCCGGCCGCCAGGGUCACGCUGCACAGAGAGUUCCCGGCCCAGGAGAUCGUGGCCAACGGCAACGGGUCGGAAGUUGUCUACGAUGCCCAGAGGGGCUUCGUGUUUCCGCGACCCCAGGCAGAGCACCAGGGGGUCGUGUACUGCCGGGCCGACGCGCAGGGCCUGGUCCAGGUCUCCAACAAGUACCAGCUGCUCUUUGUGGCAGUGCCCAAGGGGCCCCCACCCACCACCAUCCUGGCCACAGACAGCCGCAAGCGGGGCAGGGGCCGUGUCAGCGUCCACUGCUCAGCCCUGGGGCAGCCCGGUAUCGAGGUGGAAUUCAGCUGGACUUACCCAGGUCAGAAGGACCGGCGACCUGUGACCAUUCAAGACUCCUGGCGAUUAGUGCCCCGCGGGGAUGGCCACACCACCAGGGUGUCCACCAGCGUCCUGACCCUCAACGACUUCGCCAGCCCCGAUGCCGGGCUCUACACCUGCGCGGCCCAGACGCCACAGGGCCGGACCACUGUGGCUGUCCAGGUUGGGGUCUGAACUGGGGGGAGGGAGGAAGAAAGGGAGAGGGGCCGCCGUCGCCCUGGGACGGGAUUACCGAUUCCUCGUGCUGCCCCCGCACGGGGGCCAUCGGGUCGCGAGUGCAGUCACCUCCAGUAAAGCCACGCUGCGCUGUCUUGCGGAAA